AUGGGGCGUCGUGGAAAGCCGCUGAAGAAACAGGCGACAACACCACCCGUGACUGUGAGAGUUUUCUCACAACUCUUAAUUAAGGGAGAACCUGAAGCAACAAAGGAAGGACAAGGAAUCGUUAUACAACUGGUGACAACUUUCACAUCGUGUGUGAGUGAGAAGCAAUCAGAAACACUGGAACCAAUUGAAGAAGAGGAAAGGGAAAAGAUGGAAGAAGAAGAUGAAGAUGAAGCCAAGCCAAAACAACCGUGGGUUGAUAUUGUCAGAGGUAAUUGUCUUUCUUCGAAUGGAUUAGAUCUUGAAUAUCAUGCUCCUACCAUAGUGGAUGGGGAAAUGGAAGUGAUUAUUGAGGAACAUGAUGUAAUAUCGAAAAGGAAAUUAUGGGAAAAUGGAUUAAUCAUGUAUACCCUAGGAAGAGAUUUAACGGUGAAUGUUGUUAAGAAAUACAUGAUUAGUACAUGGAAUUUUGUAGCGCUGCCUGACUUGUAUUAUAAUGAUGAGGGAUACUUCAUUAUUAGGUUUAAAUCGAAACGGGAUAGAGAUCAUGUGUUAAGAAAAGGCCCCUAUACUAUUUUCAGACAACCCAUGUUUUUACAUGAAUGGAAUCCAUAUUUUCCAAUGAAAGAUUAUAUGAUGAGGCUGGUUCCUAUGUGGAUAACACUGCCGCAACUAACUAUACUAUUUUGGGGAGAAGUUAAUUAA